AGAGAGAGAGAGAGAGAGAGAGAGAGAGAGAGAGUUAAGAGACUACAGACGGAAAGAAAAUGGAAGAUUUCGAGAAGAAGGUGACGUUAACGGAUUCAGAUUCAAUGGAGGUGGUUGUUGAUGACUGCGGCGAUUCCUCGAAAACCGUGAAUCUUCUUCGCAGGUUCCUUGAAAUUCAGCAGCGAAGAGCCCUAGCUUAUGCAAAGCUUAAAAAGGGGUUUACGGACUAUUUGGGAUCGGGAGGGGAAUCAGCUUACCAACAGCUUUGCAGCGAAAUCACUGGUGAAUUCAACGAGUGCUCAAAACAAGUCCUUGAAUUGGAGUCACUGUUUCUGAGACCUGAUUGCUUCCGAGAUGAUCUAGCUCGUCUUCUCAAAGCAGUUCAAGCACAGGAAAAACAGAAACUUCAUCUGACGGCCACAAUUCAAGUGUUGAAGAAGGCAGGUCGUCCCUCAGAACGUUUGGUGAGCCACGCGAACUGCAGAUUUAAGAAGCCAAUGCAGCAUGAGUGUGUGCACGUUCAUGAGAUAACUGAAGCAGCUGGUACUGAAGAAGCCGAGGCAGAUGCAGAGUACGACAAUGCUCUUAAAGAGGCCAUUAGAGGCGUGCAGGAUGCAGUGACCACCAUAAAUGAACAUUUGGAGGAAAUUAGGUAUGAGAUUGCAGCGCUGGAGGCUGAAUGACCUUUAUCCCAUACUUCUGAAAUGGAAUGCUUGUAGAGAGAAAUGCUAUAUUGAAGUUCGAACACCAUAUGUCUAGGAAAUUGACUGAUCUAACUUGUUAGGAGAGGCGUCAUUCUGCUUUCAAAAUCAAUUGAAUCGUUUUGUCAGUUGUACAGAUCCUCAUAUUUAGCAGCGCCUUGCAUUUAAUAGAGGCUUUCACCCUUUCAUAUC